AUGGCGCCCUUUGAGGCAAACCUCCCCGCGAUCCGCGCCUGCAUUUUUGACAUGGACGGACUUCUCAUCAACACAGAAGACUUAAUCACGCUGUCCGUGAAUGAGGUCCUUGACAAGUACGGAAGACCUCCGCUCACUCGGUCAAUUCGAGCGCAGCUCAUGGGUGUUCCAAACUCGACAAAUGGUGACAUCUUUCACGACUGGGCCAAAUUGCCCAUAUCCCGCGAACAAUUCGCACGUGAAUCGAGCGCAAAUAUGGGACUGCAUUUUCCAAAUUGCAAGCCGUUGCCUGGCGCGAGAGAGCUUUUGUCAAGUCUGAGUCGUGCGUGUGGUACAUCCUCUAAGAAAAGAAUCGAUAUGGCACUGGCAUCAAGCACCAAGUCCCAUACUUAUGAGUUGAAAACUUCAAGGGCGGAAAUUAAGGAUCUGAUUGGGUUCUUUCGGCCCGAAAGAAGGAUCCUGGGUGACGACCCACGCGUGCCACGGGGACGAGGAAAACCGGCGCCUGAUAUAUUUUUAGUCGCGUUGCGGGCGAUCAAUUUGACAAAAGACCCGUCUGAAAAAGAUAUCCUACCGAGCGAAUGCUUGGUCUUUGAGGAUAGUGUGGCUGGAGUUGAAGCUGGAAGGCGCGCUGGAAUGAGAGUUGUCUGGGUUCCGCAUCCCGAUAUGGCACUGGAAUACGAAUCGAGGCAAGAGGCCGUCUUCGCUGGGAGAACAGCGACCACCCAGGUUGGAGAUGACUGUCAGUUGGGAGAGGUCAAUGACGGCUGGAUUGAAACGAUCCCAACUCUGGAAGACUUUGAUUAUACUAAGUACGGCAUCACAUAG